AAAGGUUAGUAAUCUCUGUUGUCUCGCAUCAUUUUUUCCUCUCUCCUAAUUUCUCUCUCCCUCUCCCAUUAAAAUUCCUUUUUCUCUUGCUCUGUUUUCCUCCCUCUCUCCCUUGGCUCUCUUUUUCUCUGUUUUCAUGGAGAAAUAGGAGAGAGAUUCUGAGCAACCUCUCUCUCUCUCUCUCUAUCUCUGUGUCUGAUGAAAACCAUGAUGCAAACAAACCUCGAAUGCUUCUUGGAUUGCAUAACUCCCGUGGUCCCAUCUCAAUUCUUGCCAAAGAGUGAGAUGAGGAAGCUGAAUAAGCUAUGGCAUCCAUGGGAAAGAGAAAAACAAGACUACUUUACUUUGGGUGAUCUUUGGAAUAGCUUCGACGAAUGGAGCGCUUGCGGCGCCGGAGUUCCGGUGAUCUCCGACGACGGCCAGAAAUUGAUCCAAUAUUUCGUCCCUUAUCUCUCUGCAAUCCAGAUUUUCACCAGCACUUCAUCUGCAAACUCUUUGAGGGAGGAGAGUGAUUCCGUUAGUGAGACGAGGGAAUCCUGCAGCGAUUCGUUCAGUGAUGAGAGCGAGAGCGAGAAGGUGUCGUCUAGGUGGGACAGGUGUUCGUCCGAGGGAGGGAUGUCUGAGCACGACGCCUUCUGCCAUCCCAAUGGGAGAUUGGGCAGUCUCUACUUUCAAUACUUUGAGAAAUCAUCUCCUUAUGGAAGAGUCCCUCUUGUAGACAAGAUCAGUAGCUUUGCUCAGAGAUACCCGGGGCUGGUGUCGUUGAGGAGCGUAGAUCUUUCGCCUGCUAGUUGGAUGGCGGUUGCCUGGUACCCGAUUUAUCACAUUCCUGCUGGGAGGACUGUGAAGGACUUGCAGACAUGCUUCCUCACUUACCACACACUGUCUUCUUCUUUUCAAGAUAUGAAUCUUGAGGCGGAUGGCGAGCACGUGAAGAGGAGGCGAGGGAGAGGCGAGAGCCUCUCCCUCGCCCCAUUUGGUCUGGCUUCCUACAAGCUGCAGGGGGGCGUUUGGGUCUCGGACAAGAUGGGCCGGGACAGGGAGAGGCUGGUGUCUCUGGUGAGCGUGGCCGACUCGUGGCUGAAGCAGCUGCGCGUCCAGCACCACGACUUCGACUACUUCAGGGGCAUCCGGCAUGGCUAGAGCGCUCUGGGUCUAGAAAUGGUUCUUGCUGAGCCAUUCUGCCUGGUCCCGGGGGGGUUUUGAAGCGUGUGGCCAAAGGCGUCCCCGUAGCAACAUAGUUUUAGACCCCACAGGGCCGUGGAGUCGGGUUUUCGUCUUAGAACAUGUUUUUCAAAGGAAAAAAAUGGACCAAAAGGGAGGGAGAGGAGAAGUUCUUUGAGGCUUUACACCGUGUGUAAUACUUGAAAAUGUGUUCAAUUCCUUGAUCGAUGUUUGGUAUGCUGUGAAAGGGCCUUUUAGAAUUAGAGGUGCUUUGAUGGUAGGAUUUGUACCUUUUUUUAAAUGUAUCAUGACUUGCAUUGCUUCU